UCUAUACACAUCACAUAAUUAGGUGAUGAAAAAUGUAACGGUCGUUUAUGUGUGCUUUGUUAUCAUUUACGUUGCCACUUUGGCAGCGAAUGCAAGGCGCAGAAGGCAGUCUAGCCAUUACCUAGGCUCAUCUGUGUCUUCUAGUAGAUUAAGCUUUGUUAAAACAUUUGAUGUGUACGUAUACUAUCUGAAUGAUGGAUAUGGAAAUUGUGGCGUAGUAAAUAAGGCUGUUAGUCCCCAGCCAGGCCAGAUGAGCCUUAAGGCUCUUAAUCCUGAGAAUGCUGAAUUACAUCCAGAAACCUUAAGCCAUGUAGAAUCCACUAUUAGUAAGGAAAGAGAAGCAGAAUUAAGGCGGCUAGGUAUUAUAGAAGGUGAUAGUAACACAUGGCGCAAUUGGCAUAUUAUGACACAAGGGCAAUGGCCAGAUAUUGGUCAACAGAAACAACCGCCAUCAGAUCCAGAUGCUCCUAUCACUGAGCUUUAUGCGCUGAGAAAACCACUGGAAUACUGGGGGUUCAUGCGUGGCAUUGAUGAUAACAUAUCAUCAUAUCCUAUUAUGUGGGAAUAUUAUAAAGAUACGUACGGGAAGGUAGAUGUGGCCGAACAUGGUGGAAGUAAUCCUCUCUACUCCCCUAUGUUGUAUAGACCGUCGUGGGAUAUUGAGAAAGAUCGUGGAGGUUUGGGAUACAAUGAUGCAAGGCUCUUUCGUGGUUGGGUUGGUCUAGACCUUGACUUGCCAACAAAAGUAAAGACAGCUAGUGACUUGAUAAUGAUACCCGACACUGGUAGGCUUUAUCAGAAAUUUUAUAUGGGACCUUAUCCCAUUACUAUGGGCUGGACUUUGGGUUCCCUAUUAAAAGUCCUGGCCCUUUCUAGAAGUCCAGGACACGGAGUCGUCGCUGUUAAAGUUCACAACAUGAACGAAGAUACCACUAUUGAUGGUGUCACAGAUGACCUAAUGAACAUCGCACUUAACCUUAAUGAGGUAGCUUUGGAAACUUUGGAACCGGGAGGAGAAGCUCGAGUGCGCACGGUAAUCAAAGGGCCUGCACAAGUAUGUGCAGGUAGUAUUGAGUGGCCAUCCUUCGUAAAGAUUGCUACUCCCGAUGCUUACAUUACAAACGUAGAAGAAGGUGGCACUUUAGAUAUAGAAAUCAAAAUUGAAUGGGGACGUGGCCUUUGGUUAGCUGAUUAUAAAGGGCUUUAUCGACAUGAAGAUGCAGCAGAUGCUGUCUGCAUGAGGCGUCGGCGAAUAAAGGAAGUAGAUGAAGAGGACUUCCACCCUAUCACUACUUUCUUUGGCGGUUGUCGUAUGGUGCGCCUUGCCGUGCAUAAACUAAUAGGAGAACGUUGGGAUUUGAUCACCAGUUCAUGUCCGGAUCCACGAGAACAAUUGGUGGUAGAGGUGUGGACUGACCGUUCUACAACUCCUAAAGCAGCUUUAGAAUUUGGAUUAUCGGAGAGUAUCGCAUGGAUACGUGAGCUGAAACGUCAGCUUAUACAAGACGCAGACUUCGAUGGUGAGGAUGAACAAUUGAGAGACACAUGGGAGAAGAUAGAUAAAUAUAAAUCGCUACAGCAACGCCAACAAAUGAUGGGAGGCCCACCCACAUAUAACUUACACGACACUAAUGCGAUACCCGGGUUAAAGGAGUCAGAUUGCCAAUACGUGGGAAGUGUUGAUGAUGUCAAACUGGUACCACAAGCUCCAUAUUCACUGCCACAAAUUCCUCCACCUAGACCACAACAAGACAGUUUAGCAUGGUUGGCUACCGAACUACAAUCCGAAGACUACGAUGAUGCAUCUCCAAUAAAUUCCCGUUCUUUUGAAAAGUUUUUGCCGCAGCCAAAGGAUAGAGCAACCGAUGUUGAUUUGUCCAUAUUACCGGUGUCCCAAGAAGUUAUAAGUUCAUUGCGUUUGUGUGGGUUUAACACUGUGCAUGAUAUAAUUCAAAUCACUGAAAACAAACUCGAAGAUUAUCCUGGAAUCAGUUCGAAAGAUGCUAAAAUCAUAUUGGACUUCAUCGACUCAAAUAUUUUAAUGAAAACCGGUUAAUCAUAUAUCAUAAAGUAGUG